AUGCCUCGCCAUCUCCUCCGCCGACACCCCACCGCUUCCUCCGACUCCCCACCUCGGCAGCCACAACAACGGCAGCGCCCAAGCCAUAUGCCAGCACAGUCUCAGUUCCAGACCCCAUCGCCUAGAGGGAUACCCUUCCCGCAGCUACAUCCUUCUGCUGGGGCCGCGAUUGAUACUUCCGCUGAUGUAGCGGGGCCUCCGGAGCCGGUUCGGCGCGCGGCGCAGGCGCAAGCGGCGCUUUUUUCGUUGUUUGGGAGGGGUGUGGCUGGGAGGCCACAGGGUCGGGGAAGGGAGCCAAUGAUCGGUGAAGAUGUAGACGAAGAGUAUGAAUUUGAUGAGGACAAUCCAUUUAUUGAAGACGGCGAUGACGAUGAAGCCCUGAAUGAUGCGGAAGUGGAAGGACGGACUGAUCUGAGUGCGGAAGAGAAUGAAGUUGAUCUUUCAGAGGAAAUGGAGGGAAUUGUUGACGGGGAAAUUGAAGAAGAGGGUGCAGAAGAGGACGAGGAUGAAUUGAUGCAUGAUCGAGAUAAAUCACCCACUCCGCUAUCGAACGAUCUUCGUGAGAUAUCCUCAUUAGCGUCUUGGACUGUCUCAACCCACAAGCCGGGUUGCGGCGUAGCCGCGCUCCGAAACCCAGAUCAUUCUCAGUACUGGCAGUCCGAUGGACCGCAGCCGCAUACACUAACGUUACACUUUUUCAAGCUCGUUGCUGUGGUCAAAAUUAGGGUCUAUCUCGACUUUAGUCUCGAUGAGAGUUACACGCCUACGAAGAUGACUUUCCUGGCUGGCAUGGGUGGGAACGACCUAGUGGAGUUUGCGACAUGGGAAGGUGAGGGACCCUGUGGCUGGGUGGAUGUACCGCUCGAGGGAGUUGGCGGGCAGAAUGGUGGAUGGGUACAUCAGAGGUGCAAGCGUCGGCGAGUACGGAAAUCAUCAUCCCGAUAUCGCGGUAAAAAAGAUAAGGGGAAGGGGAAGUAUGUGGGUAGCAUACUCGCGGAUGAUCCGCUGCUUUCGGAUGCUGAGGCUCAUCACAAUUCCGAUCAUGAAACCAGCUUGUAUGGCGAAGACAAUAUCGACGACUGGGACGACGUCGAUGAUGACGACACGGAGGACGAUGAUGACCCGUACUCUGGGAGCGUGCUCAAGGCCAUGGUAAUUCAGAUGCGGGUGAUGGAAAAUCAUCAGAACGGAAAGGAUACUCAUGUACGUGGUUUCCAAGUCUUCGCGAGGGAUGACAACCGUCGACGUAUUGGUAAUGCUCCCUCCGCCUCUGCAGAUGGUCGAGUCCGCAGGCACAGUGCCAGGAAGUCUCUACGUGGUGCUAACGAUGAUGACGGCCGGGGCGAAGGCACAGGGGCCGGUGACAGGGCCAAGGUAACAGGGUUAGAGGAGCCGGAUUGGAUGGGAGAUCCUGUAAUUCGAUGA